AUGCACUUAUUGCAGAUCGCCCUUUCGCUAGGUAGUGGGGGUCGCUUUCGUUGUGUGUCUUUUCGCCUGUCGCGGCCGUUCUGAGGCGCCGCAGUCUGCAGUGCAGCCUUCUGGUAGCUCCUUGAACACUGGUGUAGCCACAGCGCUAGGAGUGGCUUGAACCGUGCCCAAAAUUGCCCGCACAAAUUGUUGUCCGGUCAGCUCCUGCGGGCUCGACGCUCCUUGGCGCGGCUUCUUGAUUAAAGAAUAAGUCUUUUUCAAGAGGUUCAACUAUCUACAAAAUUAAGGGACAUACGCGCAGAGGCGCGGGAAGCCUGCAGAUGACCCGGGCUUCUCUGACGCCAGUUGUGGCUCCGGGACUGCGAAACUGAGCUGGAUUGGCUUGAAGUACAUGGGACCAGAUAAUCAGAUGCCUGCUGGCUCAGGCGCAGUGGGCAAGUCGCAGCUCGCGGUACCCAAGCAGCCGCAAGGCGGGCUCCCUGCCGGCUCAGGACCGCACCUGGGGCAGUCAGCGGGUGCUCCGCAGGUCUUCGCCCCGGGCCUAGCGGGUGCAACCGCCGCGGCUGCAGCCAUGCUGGGGCAGCUGCAAAGCUCCGGCGCCAUGCUGUCAGGGCCGCAGCCGCAGCUGCCGCUGGCAGCGCCGGCGGCGCAGCAGCACCAACAGGCACUCCAGCAGUACCUACUGCAGCAGACACAGCAGCUACAGCAACAACUACAGCAGCAGCAACAACAGCAGCAGCAGCAGCAGCGGCUGCAGUUGGCUGCUGGCCAGGGUGGCGGCGGUGUGGCGCCGUGCAUCUCCCCAGUGCUGCAGCACCUGCAGCUGCACCGCCAGCUUCAGGCGGCGGCGGCAGGGACGUCACAGACCUCGCAGAACUCGCUGUCACUGGGGCCGGGCGGGCAGAUGCAGCUUCUGCCACCGUCAUUCCCGCAAAUGCCCGGCCGCUACCCGCAGCUGCCGGGCCUGGUGCAGGCGCCGCAGCAGGCGGCCGCGGCCUCGGGGGCGCUCAUGGCGCUCAGCAGCCUCAUGGCGGCGGGCGGUGUGGCGGGACCCGUGCCAGGCCUCGCGCCGCCCGGCGUGCACGGCGUGCCGUCAGGGGGCAUGCGGCCUAUGGGGCCUGGGCAGCUACCGCUGGCGGCGGCACCAUUGCUAGCCAGCACCGGCCGACCUGGGAUGCCGCAGCCAGGCGCCGCGGGCCCGCCCUUCUUCGGUGGCCCCGGCGGCCCCGUGCCGGGCGUGGGCGGCCUUCAGGUGCCGCUACCGGUGCCGUACGGAGGCGGGCGGCCGCCGGGGCACAUGGCACUGGGUCCAGGCGGCGGCAGUGCGGCAGGCGGUGGGGACAGCGCUGUGGCGCUAUUGCAGCAGUGGCAGCUGCAGCAGUUGCAGCAGCUGCAGCAGCAGGCCCUGCUGCCCGGCCUGCCGCCUGCCGCCGCCAGCGCCUUCCUCAAUGGCGCCAUGCUGGGUGCCGGCAUGCAGCAGCAGCAGCAGCAACCAGCGCUGUCGGGACACAAGCCGCCACUGCAACAGCCCCUACAGUAUGCACUGCCGCAGCCAUCACUCGUGAGGCGCCCCGUUGCAGUGGCAGCAGGGGGCUCUCCGUCGCUGCAGCUGCCACCCCCGCAGGCCGAAGGCGGCAUGGCCAGGUCUGCGCCGGCUGCACAGGCGCCUGCAGUCAAGCCCGAAAGCAGUAGGCAGGUAGGCGACAUGGCUACUGCUGCUGCUGCUGCCGCUGCUGCCGCGGGCGAUCAUUAUCGCAACGGGUCAGGGAGUGGCGAUCGCCAUGGGCCCCCGUCACCUCAGCAGCAGAGGCAGCCGCUGCCACAGCCGUCUCGCCAGCUGCAGGCGCCGCAGGUGCAGCAGACGUCGGGUGAGUCCUACAGCACCGUCACCGAGGGCAGCACGGAGGCCAGCAGCGGCGCCACCAGUGCGGGCUGCAGCCCACCGGGCGCCGGAGGCACGACGGAGGCGGCCAGCCCGCGCCAAUACGACAAGUCCUUGGGGGGCGGCGGUACCGGGUCCCCUCCAAGUGGGGGCCGCAGGCUUGCCGGCCCAGCUCAUCCAGCCGGCGCCGCCGGCGUGAGGGCUGACGGCUACAAGCGGCGGCGUGACGACUGGGAGGAGGAGGAGGAGGUGGGACCUCCGCACUGUGCCAAGGCGCUGGAGGCCGCGGCCGUAGCCGCCGGGGCCACACCGGGGGGACCGCUGGAUGGUAGCGAGACCUCCGGCGGCCUGGCCAGUGGCGGCGGCGGCGGCGUGACCGGCGCGGACGGCAACGGCAGCGGCGGCUCCACCACACUGGGGGCGCCGGCACAGCGGCGCAGCCUCUCGGACGAGGUCGCGGCGGCACGUGCGGCCAGGGCUGAGGACGCACGCCAGCAGCAGAGGCAGCGCGCGGGCCGCUCUGGCACGUCGGACGCCGGCAGCGGCAGUCGUGAGAAUGCGAGCAGUGGCAUGCGGGACGUGCAGCUGGCUGAGGGGGGGUCGAACGGCGGCGCAGCUGCCGGCUCUGACGCGAUGCAGGUGGACAUGCGCUGGCAGCAGACGCAGGCGCCCACCGCGGCACAGGCACAGACGCAGGCGCAGCAGGCGGGCCGGGGCAGUGCUGGAUCAGCGGGCGGUGGCCGCGGCGAGGUGCGCGGCUAUGGAAGGGAGGCGGGGCGCCGCGGGGAGCCGGACACGGAUAUGGCGGAGGCGGAGGGCGAGGGCGAGGGCCAGUCGGAGACGGAGUGCAGUGACACGCCGCUCACCUCCAGCAGCUCGCAGUCGCAGUCGCAGUCGCAGCAGCGCGGCGCGGCCUCCCAGAGGCAGCAGCACCAGGGAGGGCCAGCCGGCAUGCAGGCAGGCGGCCGCGGCUUCCGGGAGGGGGAGGGGGAGGGCGGCCGCAUGGGCGCCAGUCCACUGCCGGCGUCAGAGGCGGCUGUCGGCGCGGCAGGUGCAGACGACGGCGUUGCCAGGGCAGGAGGUGGAAGUAGAGACGGGAGCGGCGGGGUUGCUUUCCCGACAAGGGGCAAUGACGGGACCACAGCGGCAGCGGCGGCCGCUGUGACAGCUGCUGCGGCUGGCCUCAGCCUGCGGGCCGCUCCACCGCAGCCGUGGGGCGAGCAGGCGCAGUUGCCUCCCCAGUUCCAGCCGCACCAGCUCCAGCACCAGCAGCACCAGCAGCCCAUGUUCUCGCCGCCACCCCCCGGCGGGCAUAUGAUGAUGCCGCCACCGCCUGCAUUCCCGCCGGGUGCGGGGCCGGUGGGUCCUGGCGGCCCGCUGCCGCCGCCGCCGCCGGGCCCCCCGGCCCCUGCGGGCGGCCCCGCGCUGCGCGACCUGCUGGGCGACCCGCUGUACGGCGCUGUGCGCGCCACCCUGAUGCGGCAGCAGUCGGUGUUCGUGAUGCAGCUGGGCGAGCUGCACAAGAUAGCGCGGGUGCAACAGGUCAUCUGGUCGGAGAUGCUUGUGGUGGACCCGGCGGGACUGCAGGCCGCCUGCAUGGAGGCCGGCUUUGCGGGGGCCGGACCCGCCGGACCCAUUCUGCGCCUGCCGCCGCCCCCGGCCCCCGGUCAGCAGCAGCAGCAGCAGCAGCAGCAGCGGCCCCUGACGCCGCAGCCGCACAUGGGCUUGGGCACGGCCACGCCCGAGAGCCAGGAGGGCGGCGGUGUGGCGGCCGGCGAGCAGCAGCACCAGCGGCAGCGGCCGGGCCUGGCGUCGGUGGCGGGUGCGGCGGAGGCGGGCUACCAGCUUACCAGCGCCACCACCGCCCACGAGGCCCAGGCGGGCUCCGUGGUGGCGUCCGCCGCAGUGGAGGCAGCCGGCGGGUACGGCGGCGGCGCCGGCACGUCCUCGCAGCCACAUCACGGGGCGCAGCGCUCGGCGCCCGCAGCCCCGCCGCCUCCCGCCGCCCCGCCUCUGAGCCGCGAGGAGCUGCGUGUGCGGCUGCUGGGCGACAUGCAGCUGCUCUUCAACCUGCCGCGGGGGCUGAGAGAGAGGGUGCUGCGCUCUGUGCCGCCCGAGCAGCUGGUGCGGCCGGCAGUGCCGCCGCCUCCCGCACCGCGGCCCGCAGCCACCAUGGUGGGUGGCGGCGGCGGGCUGGGUGGCGGCGGCAACGCGGUGGUCCGACCCGCCGCCUCCAAGCUGUACACACUGAUGGACGGCGACGAGGGGCCGGCGGACAGCGAGCAGCCCACGGUGGUACAGAAGGUGGUGGCUCAGGCGACUGCACGUGCGGCGGCUGCGGCGGCAGAGAAGCAGCGGAACAACGGCGGUAGUGGCGGCGGCAGUGUGGCAGGAGGCCCGAAUGGAGGCAUUCCAGCGGCAGUUGGCCAGGCGGGCCCCUUCCGGCAACAGCCCACAGCGGCGCCCCCCUCGCCUCACGCGGCCCAGCCUGCGACACGGCUCGGCCUGCCCGACGGGGCCGCGGCGGCGGUGCCCAGUCCGCACCAGGUGCUGCCGCCCUUUCCUCCACACGGCAUGCCGCAGCGGCCACAGGCGUCAGCUCUCCUUAUGCCGCCGCCCAGUAUGCACCCGCACAUGCACCCACCCUCCCCCGCAGCCGCCUUCGGACUGCCCCCGCACGCACUGCCCGCGGGGCCUGGGCUGGCGCAGCCGCACGCGCUGCUGGGCGGAAUGCCGCCCGCAGCCGCAGCCGCAGCCGGGCUCGCCGUGGGGCCUCCGCCACACGGCAUGGGUGCUGCGGGGGCGGCGGCGGCAGCAACGGCGGGCGCUGGGGCGUUCGGCAGCCCCGGCAGCAGCUUCCGCGCCCCGCCGCACCCGGCGCAGCCCGGUCAGCCGCUGCACAUGGACCUGCCGCCCCAGUGGUCCGGACCCGCGAUGCCGCAGCACGGGCACCUGCCGCUGCACGGGCAGCUGCCGCCGCACAUGCACAUGGCCAUGCCGCUGCACGGGCAGCUGCCGCCCGGCAUGGCAGGCCCGCUGGGGGCACUGCCUGCGCGCGGCCCGCUGCAGGGCGGUGCACCGGGCGCUCCACCCCCCGGCGGCGCCCCGAUGGCCGUGGCAGCGGGCGGGCCGCGGGGGCCGCUGCAGCAGCCGCAGCAGCCGCAACCGCUGGUGAGGCCGCCAGGGGUGCCUCCGCCGCUCGUUGGCACUCCGCCGCUGCCUAUGCCGCAGCCAGGGCCGUCAGCCGCGGCCCCAGUCCCGCAUCUUGAUGCGGCUGGGACCUCGCAGCCGCAGUCAGCGGCUGCACCAGCACCCACCCCCGCAGCGCCGGUUCCUGGUGGCGGCUUUGGCGGAGUGCUGCCGCCCGCACUGCCCGUGCUCUUCUCCAGCCGCCAGGGGGCGGGAGUGGGAGCCGGUGGGACCAAGGUGCCCCCAGUGCUGCGACCGCCCGGAGUGCCCGCCCCCGCUAUCCCAGUGCCCCGCCCAGUCGCAUCCAUCGACCCACAUGAGGCCUGGUUUGCCCGCCAUGUGGCCGGAGCCGGAGCCGGAGCCCAGCCCGCUGCCGCCCAGCCUGCAGCGGCCACACCAGCAGCAGCGGCAGAGGCGGCUGGGGCUGCGGGGCCUGCCGCUGGAGCUGUCGGUAGCCGACAGGCACAGGCACAGGCGCCCAGCCAAGGCUUGGGCAGUCGGCCGGGCUCACUGCAGCGCAUUGCAAGUACGGAGCGGGUCGUGGGCGGUGGCGGCGGCAGUGCCGCGGCGGUCACAGGUACCGGCGCGCUCCAGCAGCCGCCUGAGCGUCAGUCGCAGCCGCAGCAGCGGCAGGGCGCUGAGGAGGCUGAGGCGGCGCCCUCGGCGGCACGCGGCGGCCCCAGCGCCGAUGUGGGUUGGGUUGCGGCUGCAAGACAGGGCCAGCCGCACCAGCCGAGGCCCGCGUCGGAAAUGCAGGCGGGGGCCCCGCAGGACCAGGCGCCCAGCGCUUCCCAGCCGGAGGGGCUGGAGGCGCAGGGGCAGCAGGAGCUGCAGACAGGGGCUCCGGGUGUGGCAGGGGCUCCAGCGGCGCCGCCUUCUGCUGCAGUGCCGGUGCCGGCUGUGGGCCCCACCAAGUGGUGGCAGGACCCCAACACGGCCUUCGGCGAGCUGGGGCUGGUGGACCCACAGGCCCUGGGCAACACGCCGGCAGUGGUGGAGGACGACGAAGAGGACGACGACGACGAGGCGGCGGCGGCGGCGGCGACGGCGGGCCUGCAGCCCGGUGACGCGCUGGCGGCGCACAUGCAGCUGGUGCAGUCGCUGGUGCCUGCGCCCAGGGCUGCCGGCAGCGGCGAGGGCUCGGGCAGCGGUGCGCCGCCCCCCUUGCCGCCCCUCAAGAAGCGCGAGAAGUACAUGAUGCAGCAGCAACAGCAGCAACAGCAGCAGCAGGCAGCGGCCGUUGCAGCAGCUGCUGCUGCCGCCGGCGGGGCUCCUCCGGGAGCCGCCCCGGGCCAGGGCGCGGCUGCGCUAGCUGGCGCCAACCAGGCGGCCAUGGCUGCGGCGGCGGCUGUGGCGCUUGGACUGGACCCCGCCACUGCGGCGGCCGCGGCAGCACUCAUGGCGUCGGGUGUGGCGGGCGGCCUGGGCCCGGGCGGUAUGGGCGGCGGCGUGAGGCCCGAGGUGCUGCUGGCCGCCACACGCAUGCUGCAGCCGUCCGCAUUCAAGACGGUGCCCCCCCGGCAGCAGCACAGCAACCGCGGCAGCAACCGCCUCACCAUGAGCACACACACCGGCGCUACCGAGUCCAUGGCCAGCGGCUGGGGCUUCGGCCUCAGCCGCCGGGCCGGAGGGGGCGCGCAGCCGGAGCGCUCCGAGGCGGGCGUCAGCCGGGCCACUGGCGGCGCGGGGCCGCACUACCGCACCAGCGGCAACGGCGGCGCGACCACGUCGGCGGCGGGUGGUGGCGCGGGGCGGCCGGCUCGCAAGGUGGAGCGGAAGUACGACGGCGAGGCCAGUGAGGCGGGCGGCGGGGCGGCCUCGGCGGCCAGUGGCGGACGGCGCCCAGAGGCACAGCAGGCACAGCAGCGCCCGCAGCAGCAGCAGCAGCAGCGACAGCAGCAGCAGGGGGCACGAGGUGGCAUCACGGCUGGCGGCGCGGCCGCGACCGGCGCUGAGGGCACCCAGGGUGGCGCUGAGGCCGACGAGGCUCAGACUAGCGGUGCAGGCGGUGGCGGCGGCGGGGCGGGCGGCCGCGCAGCAGGUGGUGCCGCGGGCAAGGUGCGGCGUGCCGGUGAGGGCCCCUCGGUGGCGGCGGCGGCAGCAGCAGGAGUCGGGGGCGCGGUGCGGCAUCCGCAGCAGCGGGCUGUGGCUCGUGCGGGGGGUGGGGAUGACGUGGGCGAGGUCAGCAGUGGGGCGGUGGAGGCGGCGGAGGCGGAGGACGGGAUGUCAGAGUAGAGGCGGGCCACCUGCUCGGCAGUAGACUACAGGAUCAGGCGAAAGCGUGAUAGACCUCGGGUGCAAGACACACACUGAAUAAGGUCCUCAAUGCGGCUCAAUGCAUUACAGCCAGGAUAGGGCUGGUGGAUUCGCAUGCAAUGAUAACUACGGCGGCAUAUGCCAUGCGCCAUGUGCCAUGGCCAUGAGACUAUGAGAGACUCGAGACGGAGGUUACUACGAACGGACGCUACGGUAUGCAGGCGGGACCAUAUAUAAUUGGAGUUUGAUUCAUGCACGAUCAUGGGCAUGAAUUGAGGUGCGAGGUGCGAGGCGCGCCGACAGGCGGGCGAUUAUGAGUGGUUGUACAUGCUACGUACUGAAGCACGUGCCAGGUUCUGCUGUCCCGUUGUGGCGCCUGCUGCCAGUGAGCGCAGCAUGGACGCUGUGGUGGAGGGGGCGCUGGGUGGCCUUUGGGCUUGAUGCCUUCAUGGUUCGGGAACUGUGUGCUGAUGCGUCAGGCCCCUGCGUGUUGGCGUGUCGGCUUCAAGGCGCGCCGUGUGGCAAAUGCCGAACCCGGCGGGUGGUGGGGAGGUCUUGGUGUGAGAGCGGGGAGUGCACUCCGGCAGGCGGCCAAGGAAUGACGGCGUGAGAGACUGUCGCGCUGAAUGAAGGCCACAGGUUGCCAUACCGUACAGAGAGGCUCGAACAGAAUGUGACAGACGUAGGGAGGAGCGCAGGCGCCGGUGCUUACAGGAAUUACUGGUCGCGUCCCCGCAAGUGAGGCGAGCUUAUGGGAAUUACCGUACGUGCAGUUCGUACGACGUGCGGUGCCAGGUGUCGCGGUCAAUCGGCAUCUCAAGCUGCGCUUGCCCCUUGCUGCCAGUAGGUAUGCGUCUCCCUGCCAUCCACGUGCCCGUCCUGCCUUACCGGUCGGCGAGGGCUGGCGGGGGGUUAGCGUGCCCCGGCCCCCGCAGGGGGCGCGGCGCACCUAUACACUUCAGAAAGGG